AUGUUGGCGGUUAAGGAAGAGCGUACCUUUAUAGGAGGCGUUGAAUUGGCGAGAAAGACAGUAGUGGCUGCUGAUAACCAAGGGUAAGUCUCCAAACCUCCAGGAAACUCUUUCAAAUCCAUAGGAACGUAAGAUUAGUAAUAGAAUAUGAAUCUAAAUUGAGUUCACGUGGAGCUCUUUUUGUCUUCUAUUCUGCUGAAAAGCGUCCAAUAUUUCAACUGAGACUGAAAACGUCAUCUUGGUAAAUAUAUGAUCAGCUUUUUAAGCCUAACAUGAUACUAGCUAUUGAUUCUGAAACUACCGGUCUUGUGCGUGCGGUGACUGAAUUCGACCGAGAGAAGCGGAAGUAUUGUUACCUCAUGAAUUAAUUCAUCUAUUAAUUGCAUGAUAUUACGAGCGGCGAAAAACUAUACCAUCUCACCUUUGUCAAACUAUUGUUCACAAAAAACGAACAAAAUAGCUUUAGAUUCAGUAAACUGCAGUCUUAAUAGCUUGUAUUACGAUCGAUAAUUCGUCCUAGAAGACCUAUUUAGUAAGUUCAGAAAUUAUGUUCUCGCGCACCUCAGUUUUGACGUCCAAUCAAUAGCCAAUCAGCGACGGGACUCAGCUCAUUUUCCUUCAGGACCUUUUGUAUACUUUUAUCACAAUUAAUCGUUUGUUUGGCGUACGCAACGUUUAAGCUUUUGACGCAAAGCAGUCGUUAAUUUUUUUGUUUUGAGGGUAUAUAAAAAAGACGAUUGUGUUUUUUGUGGUCAAGAAACCAUGAAGUGAUUUUCUUAUAACCAAUUCAGCACUCCUGUCUCUUGUCACUGAAUAAAAUCUUGGUUGCGUUGGUUUGCUUUGUGCGUGUCUUAAAUUUCUGGAAUAAUUUGAUAACCCACGUUCGACUUCGUUGCUUUAAGAAAAGAAAAACUUCGGAAACUGCUCUAAAAAGAGAAGGCUGAGUCAUAUCCUCAUUUUGGAACCUCGUUAAUCCUACCAUCUUGUUAUUAACUAAAGACCAACGACCACUUUUUGGUGCGCAAGCGAUGUUGUUGGGCUACGCUUCAGUGGUAACACGUUCUUGAUAACUUUCAUAAAUAUAGAAAAUUAAAACAUUAUUUCUGUCGCAAGAAAUACCUGUGGUUUGUUUUUAUUGCUUCGAUUUUCCAUCAUGAUGGACUGUUGGGGUACAUUCCCCUGAUCUUCCACCAGUCUUGUGGGACUGUUGGGGAAAGUAGCCGGAGCUACCAAGCGCAAACAGGAGGCACCAAGAGCCUGAAUAACGAAGACUUUAUUUUCAAGUUUUUUUUUCUACAACUAUCCGCUAAAUCGUCUCUCUAAUCCAUCUCUCUGGAUCACAUCAGUUCUCUAAUUCAACUCAUGUCUCUGAUUUAACUACCUACUAGCACUAGGACAUGUUCUCACACAGCCUACUGACAGACAUGUGUGGGCUUACGGGCCGUUUGACCUCGAGAAUCUGGUAGUAAACAACAAAGUCGAUCUUAGAGUACUGAAGCCUAAACAAGAACUUUAGGUCGGUAGAUAUCGACAAACCCAAGAGACCACUAAAGAAACAGGGGCACCCAACGACAAUUUUCGGGAAAAUAUCUGUUCGGAAGACGAUUUGAGAACUAGAAUCUUCGGAACAUUUGUUUUAAAAUUUCUUGCUUGUCUGCCUCUCCUAGGAUUUUCGAACAUCUACAAAAUGGUAUAAUUACCCAUUUUAAACGGAUAUUUACCCUAAAAAAGGCCACCUAGAAUUUUCGGGAGCCUUUUCCUGGCUGAAAUUUUCGAAAAGGUAAGUUUUGAUCCCUAUAAUUUUCAGGGGCACCCAAAGGGAAAUUUUGAGAAAAAGACCUAAAAACAACAACAAAGCGUGAAUAAAGUUUUCUGAGACUAUUUUAAGCAUUUUGGGAGAUUGCUGGAAAAAAAUUAUCUGUUCCUCACUCCCAGCAAGACUGAUGGAAGAGUUCCCAGCCAGCAACCUUACAACCUGCAACCUGACUUACUGGGAAGUUUCGUAGGGCACAAUUCAGAUCUUGAGUGGCAAGUAACCCAUACAAGUAACCCGUAGCAGCUAUUCUAGACUUUAAAUCCCCUCUGACACCCUGAAUUAUCUUUUUCCCGGCAACACUUUCCUUCCAAGGACUAUUAUUUCUUCCACAGCUCCCAGCCAGCAAAAAUGUGCCUGAAGAACAGAUAUUUUGAAGAACAGAUCCAUUGGGUGCCCCUGAAUUUUCGGAUCACUAGACUUUCAGCUAGGAAAUCCGAACAGAUGAAAAGUUUUUAGGGGAUAAAAAUAUGCCUAUAUCUACCGUUUAAAUACUAGAAUACGUUCAACAAUGCUAUGUUAAGUGGUUUUGAACUAUAUCCUCGUUGGGUGCCCCUGAAGAAAGUUAUUGUUCGAAAAUAAACCCGUAAUAACGGCCAAGGACAAACCACUCGAAGGCUAAAACCACGCAUGUGUGCAGCUUUGCAGGCCCUUGAAUCACAAGACUCACACGAUGACUGCAAACAAUUGAUAAACCCUUGACUGGUUUCUUCACAACAGUAUUCGUAACGGUUGCGAUAAACGUAUUUUCGCUUGAGUUAUUAUGAAACAAAAACAUGCAGUUAAGACUUGUUUGCUUAAAGUUAAGUCUGGAGUACCUCAACUGGGUCUGAAAUGGUUAAUAAAUGAAUUAAUCAAGUUAAUAAAUGUCAUCUCAUCUCAACUUUAUUACGAAUAUUGAACUCCGUUAAAAAAGAGAUUUGUUUUGUCAGAGAGUAAUCCUGAUACCAGUGGGUCUGGGAAAUAUUAAAUUUAACAUUCACAGAUCAUCAUUAAAUAGUUUUGAACAAAUUUCGCAUAGCGUAUAAUGGGGGGUGGGUGGAGGCUUAAUAAUUUUGGAUUAUUCAAAAAUGAGAGCUGAAUGGGGAGGGGGGUGAGAGAGGCUUCAUAGAAUAAUUAUGAAAUUAAGGUUGAGCAUUUUUGUUGCUUUUUCACAGAAGAAUUUUACAAAUUGUUUUCCUUGUUUUCUUUUCAGUGUUCCUUUAGUAACACAGCCGUGGUGAGAUCUCCGUUAUUUUAUCAAAUUUUGUAGCAAAUGAAUUCAUGAUCAACAUCUUCACAUGUAUUCAACACUAUAACAGUCAGUCUAUUACAUACCCUUAUCUUAAGACCUAACCAUUAGAGCGCUUUUCAAUUGAGUGUCGAAAACCAAAACCAAAGCAAUCACAACGGCCAAUCAGAAUAAAGGAAAUUAUAAGACGGAGCCAAUGACAACUCGAAGUAAACGCGUUUAACCGGCCUGUAGCGUGGGGAAACGCGAGUGACCAAGUAAAGAUUGGUUUUAGUUUGCAUCUGAUUGGCUGAGAGGGUGGCGCGAGUUUUCUAGACCAAUCAAACAGCACAGUAAAGCAAAACCAAUUCAAUCCCGGAUUACUUUCGACACUCAAUUGAAAAGUGCUUUAACAGUCAGUCUAUUACAUAGACUUAUCUUGAGACCUAAACCAUUAAACCACCCAAUUAACUUUCUAGAAUUUAUAUGCUUUUGUUCGCUUUUACUCGCUUAAUCUCGUUUAUACAUUAUUUUGAUGUGUAUAUUUAAAAAAAGUUCUGGGCCCAGUUGUUCGAAGGCCGAUUAGCGCUUAACCUGGGGUUAAAUUUAACCCUGGUUUCUUUUUUUUCUUGUGCUCAAAAGCAUUUUCUUGGAUAAUUUUCUCUGAUAUUUUUAGAGCUUCCAAUCAUCAACCUGUAGACAAAAAGAAUUAGAACUGAAAUGCUUUUUAAGCUUUCAAAUCUGAAUUGAAAUCUCGCACAAACCCUGAGUUAUGUUAACAAAGCUUUGAACAACUCGGCCCUGGGUUUUGCAUUGUAUAGUGUAUUGUCACAUCGCGUAUUUUUUAUUCCAAACUUUAUUCACUCUCUUUACCGAUAACAAAUCAAUCAAACUCCCUCUUAACAUAAAUCUUGUUUUUGGCCACUUUCAGCCCACCCCCGGUUCUACCUAGCCCACCGGUCAUUUUACCAAAUUCUCCACCACCAAAAGAGUUUAGCUGGGUGAAAUGUUGUUUCAAGUGUGAAAGUGGUUACGAGUGGUACGAAAUAGGAGGAAAGGGUAAGUACUCGACAUGA